GGGAAAAGAAAAUUUUAAUGUAAGAGAAUUUAGACUUUUCAUAUCUUAUUUGUCAUAAAAUUCUUUUUUAAGAAAUGGUAAUUCCCCCAAAAUUCUCCUAAGUAGCCAUAUUUUCUUUUCUUUUUUUCCUUAACAAAAACAUUUUCCAAACUAAAUUAUAAUUCCAAAACAAAAAAAUAUCUCCAACUUCUUCUUCUUCUUCUUCUUCUUCAACAUCUUCUUCUUCUUCUUUGGAGUCUACGAGAGAGAGAGAGAAGCUUGGAAAGGAAAAACAGUUUCUCUUCCAUUCUUCUUCUUCUUCUUCUUCUUCUUCCUCUAAAAAAAAAAAAAAAAAAAAAAAAGUCACAAACAAUUCCAUUUCUAUGAGAAUCCAUGGAAAAAGUUACACAAUUGAGUAAUACCCAAGCCAAGUUUCUGAAUUUCCCAACCUUUUGAAAAGCUAAACACACCAAUCAUUCUCCAUUCUACCUUUCUCUCUCUCUCUCUCUUCAACCACCUUUCUCCGCCAUGAACACCAAAACCCAAGCUCUGUUACUCAAGAUCUUCUUCUUUCUCUUCGCUUUCAACACCCUAAUUCUCUGCAUUUACUUCACUUCCCACUCCAAAUCCUCCCCUCCCACUUCCCCUCAUCGGAAACCCACUUCCGAUAACCGCUUCCCCUUCCCGGAAAACUCACAUUCUUCCAAGCCCUGGCCCAUCUUACCUUCUUAUCUCCCUUGGUCUCACUCCCCUGUCCCUCCGCGUUCCUGUGAGGCCUAUUUCGGCAAUGGCUUCACUCUCCGUGCAGAUCUUUUCAAACCUAAACUCGCCGGAAAACUCACCGGGUGGUUCCGCUGUUGGUAUAGUGAGACUCUUGAGAGUUCCAUAUGUGAAGGAGGGAGAGUGCGAAUGUGGCCAGAGAGGAUUUUUAUGUCCCGUGGAGGUGAGCGGAUUGAAGAAGUGAUAGGGAGAAAGGAAGAGAUGGAGUUGCCGGAAUUUCGUAAUGGCGCUUUUGAGCUUGACGGCGGCGAGGAAAGGGUUCUUGCUGAUGAGAAGUUUCUUGAUCGGUUUGUGCAGGAAGGGGAAGUUCAGAGGCACACUAUGCGCGCAUUGUUUGGAUCGUUUCGAGUUGUUUCUGAGAGUGAUUUCGAAUGCCAAGAGUGGAUCGAGGAGCCUGUGCUUCUGGUGACGAGGUUUGAGUAUGCAAAUCUUUUUCACACUAUUACAGAUUGGUAUAGUGCUUAUGUGGCUUCGAGAGUCGUUGGGUUGCCUAAUCGACCUCAUCUGAUUUUCGUCGAUGGGCAUUGUAAGACACCUUUGGAAGAGACAUGGAAGGCAUUGUUUUCAAGUCUUAGAUAUGCGAAAAAUUUCAGUGGUCCAGUUUGUUUUCGCCAUGUGAUCUUCUCACCUCUCGGAUAUGAAACUGCGUUAUUCAAGGGUCUGACUGAGGGUAUCAAUUGUCAUGGAGGGUCAUCUCAUGAUCUUUGGCUAAAACCUGAAGACCAGAAAACUGCUAGAUUAUCUGAGUUUGGAGAAAUGGUUAGAGCAGCUUUUGGUUUCCCAGUUGACAGACAAGUCGAAAGGUCAACCUCAUUCCACAACGUUCUCUUUGUGCGCCGUGAGGAUUAUUUAGCGCAUCCUCGACAUGGUGGUAGAGUUGAAUCCAGACUUACUAAUGAACAAGAAGUCUUUAAUGCUUUGCAGAACUGGACAUCUAACCACAGAGAGUGUAGAAUUAACUUAGUGAAUGGGUUGUUUGCACACAUGUCGAUGAAGGAACAACUUCGAGCCAUCCAAGAUGCCUCUGUCAUUAUCGGGGCUCAUGGUGCAGGCCUUACUCACAUAAUAUCUGCCUUACCAAAAACCGUGAUCUUGGAAAUCAUCAGCAGUCUAUUUAGAAGGCCCCAUUUUGCAUUGAUUGCUCAAUGGAAAGGCUUAGAUUACCAUGCCAUCAAUCUCUCGGGAUCACACGCGGAUCCAGAAGUCGUUAUCGAACACCUUUCGCGCAUCAUGGCGAGCCUUGGAUGCUGAUAACCUUUUUGCAAUUUAUCACAUUAUUCUCUAUUACCUAUGAGGAAAUGAAUAGUAGUGGAGGAGAAUCCAGCACUCUGUACCUACAAACACACUUGGCUGGAUGCUCCCACUUUGACAAGUUUGAGUUUGAAGAUACUGAUUCACCACUUGUACCUAACUUACCACAGAUUUGGUUUGAAGUAAGAGUUUACCAACCAAGGUCAACGACGGCAAAAAUUCGGGAUAUUUAAGCUUCAAAAAUGGUAUGUAUUCUAGUUCUUAAAUUCCCUUUUUGAAGUUCUAUACAUAGCAGAGAUCAAUUAGAAACAUUCUUUCUUUUCGCUCCAGUUUUCAUUGUUUGUCCCAUGCUCUGUAUCUUUAAUGUUCAUAUCAAGUUUCCAUCUCUGGUUUGUGUACUUUGCACUUGAGCGUUGGCUAAAUAAUAUGGUCUCAGAGAACAGACAUCAUUUUUUAGUAUAA